AUGGGGUUGUCAUCCUCUGCGAACCACCACCGACGGCGAAGCUCGGUACUCACAGGGGCGACUCGACCGGGACAGCCAGGCCCCCCGGAACGGCGGGAUGACAGUCUUCGACCAGACGAUAGAUACAAAUGGGACGAACAGGAGCCGUUGACAGCCGAGGACACCGACACGUCGGAUCACUCGGCUCCAGCGAUGGACACACGCGAGCUUGACAUUAGUUCAGAUGAUGAUCAGUACGAUGAAGAGACCGGUCUGACAGCACAUCAGAGACGUCAGCGACGUCGACGGCGCAGGCAACGCCGCAAGCUGGAUGCUCGCAUCGCAGACACCAAAUCUUUCAAUGACAUCUUCCGGCUCGGUCUGGCUGAUCGCAAUGUGGUCAAGAAACUUAUGGUUAACGCAGGACUAAUCCUCAUGUGGUAUUUCUUCUCAUUAUCAAUUUCUAUCUACAACAAGUGGAUGUUUUCCGAAAGCGCUGUCGUCUUUCCAUAUCCCCUUUUCACCACCAGUCUGCACAUGGCUGUUCAAUUCACACUUGCCAGUCUGAUACUGUACUUGUUCCCAUCCUUGCGCCCGGGACAUUCCCCGGAAUCCGCCUUAGAUUCGCCCGUUGAGGACGCCAAACCUGAGCCGGUACUCACUAAACUGUUCUAUGUGACGCGCCUCGUUCCCUGCGGGGCAGCGACCUCCCUUGACGUUGGUCUAGGCAACAUGUCGCUGAAAUUCAUCUCCCUCACCUUUCUCACAAUGUGCAAAUCAUCUGCACUCGCCUUCGUUCUUCUUUUUGCUUUCCUUUUCCGUCUCGAGUCUCCUUCAGUGAAAUUGAUCGUGGUCAUCGCCGCAAUGACAAUCGGCGUGGUGAUGAUGGUUGCUGGCGAGACUGCAUUCAAUGCGCUCGGCUUCACCCUUGUCAUUGCUUCAGCCUUCUUCUCCGGUUUCCGAUGGGGUCUGACACAAAUUCUCCUGCUUCGUCAUCCGGCAACCUCGAACCCCUUCUCCACUCUCUUUCUCCUCACGCCCGUGAUGUUUAUUUCCCUUAUUAUUAUUGCUCUCACCGUGGAGGGUCCGAACGAGAUCCACCAAGGUUUCCUUAAACUGACCGAGCAACAUGGCACGGUAUUUGGAACCGGUCUGUUAGUGUUUCCUGGUGUUCUAGCAUUCUGUAUGAUUUCAUCCGAAUUCGCCUUGCUGAAGCGUUCUUCGGUGGUGACUUUGAGUAUCUGUGGUAUCUUCAAGGAAGUUGUCACCAUCAGUGCUGCUGGUAUCAUCUUCCAUGACAAACUCACCCCCGUUAACGUUACUGGACUCGUUGUUACCAUCGGCAGCAUCGGUUGCUAUAACUAUAUGAAGAUUUCCCGGAUGCGCAGAGAAGCACAGGAAAGCUGGAGCCGUGAGGGUAGCCCAGAUUCCGACACAGAGGAUACCGAGCUCAGUGGAGGCGAGGCCAGUGAUUACCACCGCAUCGCGAAUCCCGAGUCAGGCGUAAUCAGCACCGUUCCGGGAGAUCAUCUCGACGAUAACUUGCUUCCUUCACAGGCAGGCGACCAGCGACGUUCGUUCCGGGUCCGCGCCAGCGGUGCCAUGCAAGGGCUCACGAUUUCCACGUCCACCAUCCCCGAGAAUGAUGGUCCCGGAUCACCUAUUAAAUCCGCCCCUCCAACCAUCAACUCCAUGUCCGAGGCAUUUCCCGCACACGUCAUAAAGACUAACCGGGAAGCAUCCCCAGGCGUUCACUCUACUUCGUCCAUCUCGCCAGUGCGAUAA